UGUUAGCAAUGGAUACAUUACAAUAUCUAAUUUUGCUAUUAUGGAUGUGCGGCUGCACAACAGGACAGGUCCAGCACAGCCUACAGAACGCACCAGUUGAAGACGCUGCCGUGCUCACCUCCUGCGACUUUAACCAGGACAGUGCACCAUUAUGCAGUUUCACCCAGGACAGCACAGAUGACAGUGACUGGACCCGAAUUAAAGGUCCAACCCCUACAACUGGCACUGGACCGAGUGGAGACUACCCUGAUGGAAAGGGAUUCUACAUCUACCAUGAGUGUGACAAUGUUGCCAACAAGAAGAAAGCUCGUCUGCUCAGCCCAGCCAUCACAUCAUCAGCCUCUCAGAUCUGCGUCCAGUUCCGAUACCACAUGUAUGGCUUGGAUUCACAAAACAACUUAAAGGUUCUGGUUAAGAGCGCCAAUGGGGAGACAGAGGUGUGGAAGAAGACUGGAAUGCAGAGUCCCACCUGGCUGCAGGGCUCAGUCACAGUGCCCAAAACCAGCACUGGGAGUGUCAAGAUUGUAUUUGAGGCACAGAGAGGCCUCAGUGCUUCCUGUGACUCAGCGUUGGACAACAUUGUCAUCACUGAAGGAGCAUGUCCCUCAUGUGUUGCCAGCUGUGAUUUUGACAAUGAUGGAGAUCUCUGUGGAUGGGAAAUUUACAACGACAAUAGCGACCCAAAUUUCUUCGGCUUUGAGGCAUGGAAUGGGCCAACAGAUACUGAAGGCACAGGCCCAGACGAUGACUUCUCCAAACCUGGAUUUGGGCAAUACCUAUUGAUGGAUUCAAGUAGUGUCGUCCAUGGAGCUAGUUCUCAGAUCCGAAGUCCUAAGGUUACCCCCACCUCAGGCUGUCUGGACCUCAUCUUCUACUACUACCUGUAUGGCACCAGCAACAACAUGCAGCUCAGUGUCCACACCAUUCACACAGGUGGAAAUUCUGGACCUACUCUUUUCACUGUCAAGGGUAAUCAGGGUAAAGGCUGGAAGGCUGCAGAAGUCCGCUACCUGGGAACUGCUGCUAUUCAGUUUGUGAUUGUUGGAACCUUUGGAGAAACUACUAAGACAGAUAUUGCUGUUGAUGCUGUGUGUAUCAUGUCCUGCAGAGCUCAGCCAACAACUCCUCAACCGCCAAUAACAAGUCCAGUAACAACUACACCACUUCCAGUAACAACUACACCAAUUCCAGUAACAACUACACCAAUUCCAGUAACAACUACACCAAAUCCAGUAACAACUACACCACUUCCAGUAACAACUACACCAAUUCCAGUAACAACUACACCAAAUCCAGUAACAACUACACCAAUUCCAGUAACAACUACACCAAUUCCAGUAACAACUACACCAAUUCCAGUAACAACUACACCAAAUCCAGUAAUAACUACACCAAAUCCAACAACUCCUGUGCAGACUACGCCAAAACCAACAACACCAAGACCAUCUACACUGCCACCAAGACCAUGCCCUCCUGAUGCAGAGUAUAUAGAAUGUGGUCCAGCUUGUAAACCUUCCUGUGAAAAACCCUCCACGAACUGUUCUGGCCCCUGUAUCAGUGGCUGCUUCUGCAAACCAGGUUUUGUCUUUAAAGGAGAGCGCUGUGUGCCACUGGAGAAAUGUGGCUGUCUUGAUGACGACAAUAACUACUAUCAGCCUGGAGAGAUCGUAUAUGGAGAUGAUUGCUCAAAACUGUGUCGCUGUGUAGGGAACUACACAUUGGAAUGUGUUGACAACUCCUGUGACCCUACUGAAGAGUGUAAAGUUAUUAACGGUGUUGCGGGCUGUCAUCCUAAAGGUACAUCCACAUGUAUAGCAUCUAGUGAUCCCCACUACACCACCUUCGACAAACUCAAAUACAACUUCAUGGGCAACUGCAGCUACCUGAUGGCUAAAACUUGCAACAGCACGGUUCUGCCAAACUUUGAGGUCCACGCUGACAAUGAAAACCGCUACAACAGACCCACCAUCUCAUAUGUAAAGGCAGUACACGUAUAUGUACAGUCAACAAAGAUCUCCAUUCUAAAAGGUGGCACUGUCCAGGUGAAUGGGACCAAAGUGAACCUGCCAUUGACUCUGCCCCCUAGUGUUUCUCUCCUCAAGUCGGGAAAGUACUACACCGUGUCCAUGAACUUUGGUGUGACUGUUCGCUAUGAUGGAAACCAUUACAUGGACAUCAAAGUGAUUAAUGACUAUAAGAACUUGCUGUGCGGCUUGUGUGGAGAUUAUGAUGGAAAUCACAAAGAUGACUUCCGUAAGCCAGAUGGAUCACUGACCAACAAUGCCAAUGACUUUGGACACAGCUGGAACACUGACCCAGAGUGUAACAAGACACCCAACACCACCAUCCCUGGGUGUGAUGAAGAUGAGCAUGAGUUGUAUGAAAGCUCUGGAUACUGUGGGAUCCUGCUGGACAAAAAGGGUCCUUUUGCUGUCUGCCACCCCAAAGUCAACCCCAAUAGUUACUUCAGGGACUGUGUCUUUGACCUGUGUGAGCUGGAUGGAGCCAAGCCCAUUCUGUGUGAAGCCAUUGAAGCCUACGUGAACGAGUGCCAGGACCGUGGGGUCACCAUUGGACCAUGGAGGAAUGAAACCUUCUGCCCCCCGGAGUGCCCCUCCAACAGCCACUAUGAGCCGUGUGCAGACCCAUGUCAGGAAACGUGUUCUGGGAAACCUCCCUCCUGUGGUGGACCCUGUUCUGAGGGCUGUGUGUGUGACCCUGGCUAUGUCCUGAGUGCAGGCCAAUGUGUCAGAAAGACCACAUGUGGCUGCCAAUACCAUAUCAACGGCCAGUAUUAUGAGCCUGGGGAGGAGUUCUAUUUGGAUAACUGUAGGGUGAAGUGUAAGUGUGAUGCACCCUUUAUUACCUGUACGGCCCAUGAGUGUCCUCCCAUGCAAGAAUGUAAACUUCAGGAUGGAGAUCUGGGCUGCUAUCCCACUGGUUCUCAAGACUGUGUGAUCUCUGGAGAUCCUCACUACAACACAUUUGACAAGAAGUUCUUUAGUUUCAUGGGAACAUGUACCUACACGCUGGCCAGAACCUGCGGGAACACCACAGGUCCUUGGUUCUCAGUGGAGGGGAAGAAUGAGGAGAGAGGACAGCCAGAUCUGUCCUACCUGAGGAAACUCUACGUAACUGUGGAUGGAAUCACUGUGACACUUAUGAAGGCCAGAAGGAUACUGGUGAAUGGACGGAGGGUGGCCCUCCCUAACUCUCCCUCUCCUCAUAUGUCCAUCAGUCUUGCUGGACAGUAUGUCACUGUGCAGACUCCCUUUGGACUCCAGGUGCGGUGGGACGGAAACCACCAUGCUAAGAUCACAGUUCCCAGCACCUACUAUGACCAGAUGUGUGGACUCUGUGGCGACUAUGAUGGGAACCCAAAUAAUGACUUCACCAAACCAGAUGGCACCCUGGUAGGAAAUUCUAACGACUUUGCGAACAGCUGGCAGACAGAAGAGGAUGAGGAUGAUUCGUGUGUUGCAGGCACCAAGCCUGACCCAGAGUGUGACGAGAACCUCGCGGCUGAGGUGGUGAAACCAGAGAAAUGUGGAAAAAUCAAAGACCCUGCUGGACCAUUCAGGGACUGUAUCAAUGUGGUCAAUCCCACUCCAUUCUUCCAAGGCUGUGUCUAUGACAUGUGUCAGUUCAACGGAAUUCAGCGUGUGCUGUGUGACCAGCUGCAGGCCUAUACUGAUGCCUGCCAGAAUGCCGGAGCCAAAGUCCACCAGUGGAGGACUCCAGAUUUCUGCCCCCUGGACUGUCCUCAGAAUAGCUCGUACUCCCUGUGCGUGAGCUCGUGUCCGGAGACAUGUCUGGGUGUGGUCGGACCACCUGGCUGUGAGGAUGUGUGUGUGGAGGGAUGCAAGUGUGACCCAGGCUUCAUCCUCAGCAAUGACAAGUGUGUGUCGCUGAAAGACUGUGGCUGUGUGGACAACAGUGGAACCUAUCAUCCAGUGGAUGAUGAGUGGUACUUAAAGGGGUGUGAGCAGAAGUGUGAGUGCCACAGUGGAGGUCAGAUCCAGUGUCGCAACACCAGCUGUAAACCAACCACUGAGAGCUGCCAGCUACAUAACGGAGAAUAUGAAUGCCGACCUGUGGGAAAUGGAAUCUGCUCAGUAUCUGGUGAUCCUCACUACAACACCUUUGACAAAGUAACCCACCACUACAUGGGAGCCUGCUCCUACACCUUGACCAAACCGUGCAACAACUCAGAUGAUAUGCCGUACUUCACUGUGGACACCCAGAAUGAGCACAGAGGAAGUAACAAGAGGGUUUCCUAUGUCAGAGCUGUAGUGAUCAAUGUGAGCGGUGUGACUGUCAUCCUUGGCAAGGGACGCAAAGUCCAGGUCAAUGGGACGGCGGUCAUCCCACCUGUCACUUCUAUCAGUGGAGUCAAGAUCUACUUAAGUGGAAAGUUUGUCAUCCUGGAGACAGACUUCGGCCUGAGGGUGCGUUUCGAUGGUAACCACCAUGCUGAUGUCUCUGUGCCAACCUCCUACAGUGGCCUGCUCUGUGGCAUGUGUGGAAAUUUCAAUAAGAAUCCAAGAGACGACAACCUGAAACCAGACCAAACACCAGCCGCCAACACCAAUGAGUUGGGAGACAGCUGGCAGGUUCCUGACCCACGGCCUGACUGCACCAACGGUGGAGGACAUGAAGAGUGUGACAAGAAUGUGGAGGAGGAGGCCCAGAAACCAACCAGCUGUGGCAUGAUCACCGAUCCUAACGGUAUCUUCAAGCCUUGCCACUCUGUCGUGCCCCCGAACCAAUACUUUGAAAACUGUGUGUACGACGUGUGUGCAAAUGGAGGUCAGACUGUGGCUCUGUGCCAGGCCAUAGAGAGCUACGCUGAUUUGUGUGCUGCAGCAGGAGUCCCCAUCGCAUGGAGGAAAAACAACACCUUCUGUCCUAUCAAGUGUCCCUCAGGCAGUCAGUACAAUCCAUGUACCUCUGCGUGUCCUCAGCCAAGCUGCCAGGACCCUGCAGGCCCCGGUGGCUCCUGUAAUCAGCCCUGUGUGGAGGGAUGUGUCUGUAAUCCUGGGCUCAUCCUUAGUGGAGACAAAUGUGUCCCGCUCAGUGAGUGUGGAUGCACUGAUGAAGAUGGAAAUUACAGGCCGACAGGAGACACUUGGUUCUCAGAGAAGGACUGUUCAGAGCGCUGUAAGUGUAACGGCAACCACAACAUCACCUGCGAGCCAUGGCAGUGCAGCCCUACACAGGAGUGUAAGGUGGUGGAGGGAGUACUAGGCUGUUACUCUAGAGGAAAUGGAAUCUGCUCAGUAUCUGGUGAUCCUCACUACAACACCUUUGACAAAGUAACCCACCACUACAUGGGGUCUUGCUCCUACACCUUGACCAAACCCUGCAACGUCUCCACCGACUUGCCGUACUUCACCGUGGACACCCAGAAUGAGCACAGAGGAAGUAACAAGAGGGUUUCCUACGUCAGAGCUGUAGUGAUCAAUGUGAGCGGUGUGACUGUCAUCCUUGGCAAGGGACGCAAAGUCCAGGUCAAUGGGACAGCAGUCGUCCCACCUUUGAAUCCUGCCAAAGGAGUCAAGAUCUACUUAAGUGGAAAGUUUGUCGUCCUGGAGACAGACUUUGGCCUGAGGGUGCGUUUCGAUGGUAACCACCAUGCUGACGUCACCUUGCCGACCUCCUACAGUGGCCUGCUCUGUGGCAUGUGUGGAAAUUUCAAUAACAAUCCAAGAGACGACAACCUGAAACCAGACCAAACACCAGCCACUAACACCAAUGAGUUGGGAGACAGCUGGCAGGUUCCUGACCCGCGGCCUGACUGCACCAACGGUGGAGGACAUGAAGAGUGUGACAAGAAUGUGGAGGAGGAGGCCCAGAAACCAACCAGCUGUGGCAUGAUCACCGAUCCUAACGGUAUCUUCAAGCCUUGCCACACUGUCGUGCCCCCGAACCAAUACUUUGAAAACUGUGUGUACGACGUGUGUGCAAAUGGAGGUCAGACUGAGGCUCUGUGCCAGGCCAUAGAGAGCUACGCUGAUUUGUGUGCUGCAGCAGGAGUCCCCAUCGCAUGGAGGAAAAACAACACCUUCUGUCCUAUCAAGUGUCCCUCAGGCAGUCAGUACAAUCCAUGUACUUCUGCGUGUCCUCAGCCCAGUUGCCAGGACCCUGCAGGCUCCGGUGGCUCCUGUAAUCAGCCCUGUGUGGAGGGAUGUGUCUGUAAUCCUGGGCUCAUCCUCAGUGGAGACAAAUGUGUCCCGCUCAGUGAGUGUGGAUGCACUGAUGAAGAUGGAAAUUACAGGCCGACAGGAGACACAUGGUUUUCAGAGAAGGACUGUUCAGAGCGCUGUAAGUGUAACGGCAACCACAACAUCACCUGCGAGCCAUGGCAGUGCAGCCCUACACAGGAGUGUAAGGUGGUGGAGGGAGUACUAGGCUGUUACUCUAGAGGAAAUGGAAUCUGCUCAGUAUCUGGUGAUCCUCACUACAACACCUUUGACAAAGUAACCCACCACUACAUGGGGUCUUGCUCCUACACCUUGACCAAACCCUGCAACGUCUCCACCGACUUGCCGUACUUCACCGUGGACACUCAGAAUGAGCACAGAGGAAGUAACAAGAGGGUUUCCUAUGUCAGAGCUGUAGUGAUCAAUGUGAGCGGUGUGACUGUCAUCCUUGGCAAGGGACGCAAAGUCCAGGUCAAUGGGACAGCAGUCGUCCCACCUUUGAAUCCUGCCAAAGGAGUCAAGAUCUACUUAAGUGGAAAGUUUGUCGUCCUGGAGACAGACUUUGGCCUGAGGGUGCGUUUCGAUGGUAACCACCAUGCUGACGUCACCUUGCCGACCUCCUACAGUGGCCUGCUCUGUGGCAUGUGUGGAAAUUUCAAUAACAAUCCAAGAGACGACAACCUGAAACCAGACCAAACACCAGCCGCUAACACCAAUGAGUUGGGAGACAGCUGGCAGGUUCCUGACCCGCGGCCUGACUGCACCAACGGUGGAGGACAUGAAGAGUGUGACAAGAAUGUGGAGGAGGAGGCCCAGAAACCAACCAGCUGUGGCAUGAUCACCGAUCCUAACGGUAUCUUCAAGCCUUGCCACUCUGUCGUGCCCCCGAACCAAUACUUUGAAAACUGUGUGUACGACGUGUGUGCAAAUGGAGGUCAGACUGAGGCUCUGUGCCAGGCCAUAGAGAGCUACGCUGAUUUGUGUGCUGCAGCAGGAGUCCCCAUCGCAUGGAGGAAAAACAACACCUUCUGUCCUAUCAAGUGUCCCUCAGGCAGUCAGUACAAUCCAUGUACUUCUGCGUGUCCUCAGCCCAGUUGCCAGGACCCUGCAGGCUCCGGUGGCUCCUGUAAUCAGCCCUGUGUGGAGGGAUGUGUCUGUAAUCCUGGGCUCAUCCUCAGUGGAGACAAAUGUGUCCCACUCAGUGAGUGUGGAUGCACUGAUGAAGGUGGAAAUUACAGGCCGACAGGAGACACUUGGUUCUCAGAGAAGGACUGUUCAGAGCGCUGUAAGUGUAACGGCAACCAUAACAUCACCUGCGAGCCAUGGCAGUGCAGCCCUACACAGGAGUGUAAGGUGGUGGAGGGAGUGCUAGGCUGUUACUCGAGAGGAAAUGGAAUCUGCUCAGUAUCUGGUGAUCCUCACUACAACACCUUUGACAAAGUAACCCACCACUACAUGGGGUCUUGCUCCUACACCUUGACCAAACCCUGCAACGUCUCCACCGACUUGCCGUACUUCACCGUGGACACCCAGAAUGAGCACAGAGGAAGUAACAAGAGGGUUUCCUAUGUCAGGGCUGUAGUGAUCAAUGUGAGCGGUGUGACUGUCAUCCUUGGCAAGGGACGCAAAGUCCAGGUCAAUGGGACAGCAGUUGUCCCACCUUUGAAUCCUGCCAAAGGAGUCAAGAUCUACUUAAGUGGAAAGUUUGUCGUCCUGGAGACAGACUUUGGCCUGAGGGUGCGUUUCGAUGGUAACCACCAUGCUGACGUCACCUUGCCGACCUCCUACAGUGGCCUGCUCUGUGGCAUGUGUGGAAAUUUCAAUAACAAUCCAAGAGACGACAACCUGAAACCAGACCAAACACCAGCCGCUAACACCAAUGAGUUGGGAGACAGCUGGCAGGUUCCUGACCCGCGGCCUGACUGCACCAACGGUGGAGGACAUGAAGAGUGUGACAAGAAUGUGGAGGAGGAGGCCCAGAAACCAACCAGCUGUGGCAUGAUCACCGAUCCUAACGGUAUCUUCAAGCCUUGCCACUCUGUCGUGCCCCCGAACCAAUACUUUGAAAACUGUGUGUACGACGUGUGUGCAAAUGGAGGUCAGACUGAGGCUCUGUGCCAGGCCAUAGAGAGCUACGCUGAUUUGUGUGCUGCAGCAGGAGUCCCCAUCGCAUGGAGGAAAAACAACACCUUCUGUCCUAUCAAGUGUCCCUCAGGCAGUCAGUACAAUCCAUGUACCUCUGCGUGUCCUCAGCCCAGUUGCCAGGACCCUGCAGGCUCCGGUGGCUCCUGUAAUCAGCCCUGUGUGGAGGGAUGUGUCUGUAAUCCUGGGCUCAUCCUCAGUGGAGACAAAUGUGUCCCGCUCAGUGAGUGUGGAUGCACUGAUGAAGGUGGAAAUUACAGGCCGACAGGAGACACUUGGUUCUCAGAGAAGGACUGUUCAGAGCGCUGUAAGUGUAACGGCAACCAUAACAUCACCUGCGAGCCAUGGCAGUGCAGCCCUACACAGGAGUGUAAGGUGGUGGAGGGAGUACUAGGCUGUUACUCGAGAGGAAAUGGAAUCUGCUCAGUAUCUGGUGAUCCUCACUACAACACCUUUGACAAAGUAACCCACCACUACAUGGGGUCUUGCUCCUACACCUUGACCAAACCCUGCAACGUCUCCACCGACUUGCCGUACUUCACCGUGGACACCCAGAAUGAGCACAGAGGAAGUAACAAGAGGGUUUCCUAUGUCAGAGCUGUAGUGAUCAAUGUGAGCGGUGUGACUGUCAUCCUUGGCAAGGGACGCAAAGUCCAGGUCAAUGGGACAGCAGUCGUCCCACCUUUGAAUCCUGCCAAAGGAGUCAAGAUCUACUUAAGUGGAAAGUUUGUCGUCCUGGAGACAGACUUUGGCCUGAGGGUGCGUUUCGAUGGUAACCACCAUGCUGACGUCACCUUGCCGACCUCCUACAGUGGCCUGCUCUGUGGCAUGUGUGGAAAUUUCAAUAACAAUCCAAGAGACGACAACCUGAAACCAGACCAAACACCUGCCGCUAACACCAAUGAGUUGGGAGACAGCUGGCAGGUUCCUGACCCGCGGCCUGACUGCACCAACGGUGGAGGACAUGAAGAGUGUGACAAGAAUGUGGAGGAGGAGGCCCAGAAACCAACCAGCUGUGGCAUGAUCACCGAUCCUAACGGUAUCUUCAAGCCUUGCCACUCUGUCGUGCCCCCGAACCAAUACUUUGAAAACUGUGUGUACGACGUGUGUGCAAAUGGAGGUCAGACUGAGGCUCUGUGCCAGGCCAUAGAGAGCUACGCUGAUUUGUGUGCUGCAGCAGGAGUCCCCAUCGCAUGGAGGAAAAACAACACCUUCUGUCCUAUCAAGUGUCCCUCAGGCAGUCAGUACAAUCCAUGUACCUCUGCGUGUCCUCAGCCCAGUUGCCAGGACCCUGCAGGCUCCGGUGGCUCCUGUAAUCAGCCCUGUGUGGAGGGAUGUGUCUGUAAUCCUGGGCUCAUCCUCAGUGGAGACAAAUGUGUCCCGCUCAGUGAGUGUGGAUGCACUGAUGAAGGUGGAAACUACAGGCCGACAGGAGACACAUGGUUUUCAGAGAAGGACUGUUCAGAGCGCUGUAAGUGUAACGGCAACCACAACAUCACCUGCGAGCCAUGGCAGUGCAGCCCUACACAGGAGUGUAAGGUGGUGGAGGGAGUACUAGGCUGUUACUCUAGAGGAAAUGGAAUCUGCUCAGUAUCUGGUGAUCCUCACUACAACACCUUUGACAAAGUAACCCACCACUACAUGGGGUCUUGCUCCUACACCUUGACCAAACCCUGCAACGUCUCCACCGACUUGCCGUACUUCACCGUGGACACCCAGAACGAGCACAGAGGAAGUAACAAGAGGGUUUCCUAUGUCAGAGCUGUAGUGAUCAAUGUGAGCGGUGUGACUGUCAUCCUUGGCAAGGGACGCAAAGUCCAGGUCAAUGGGACAGCAGUCGUCCCACCUUUGAAUCCUGCCAAAGGAGUCAAGAUCUACUUAAGUGGAAAGUUUGUCGUCCUGGAGACAGACUUUGGCCUGAGGGUGCGUUUCGAUGGUAACCACCAUGCUGACGUCACCUUGCCGACCUCCUACAGUGGCCUGCUCUGUGGCAUGUGUGGAAAUUUCAAUAACAAUCCAAGAGACGACAACCUGAAACCAGACCAAACACCAGCCGCUAACACCAAUGAGUUGGGAGACAGCUGGCAGGUUCCUGACCCGCGGCCUGACUGCACCAACGGUGGAGGACAUGAAGAGUGUGACAAGAAUGUGGAGGAGGAGGCCCAGAAACCAACCAGCUGUGGCAUGAUCACCGAUCCUAACGGUAUCUUCAAGCCUUGCCACUCUGUCGUGCCCCCGAACCAAUACUUUGAAAACUGUGUGUACGACGUCUGUGCAACUGGAGGUCAGACUGAGGCUCUGUGCCAGGCCAUAGAGAGCUACGCUGAUUUGUGUGCUGCAGCAGGAGUCCCCAUCGCAUGGAGGAAAAACAACACUUUCUGUCCUAUCAAGUGUCCCUCAGGCAGUCAGUACAAUCCAUGUACCUCUGCGUGUCCUCAGCCCAGUUGCCAGGACCCUGCAGGCUCCGGUGGCUCCUGUAAUCAGCCCUGUGUGGAGGGAUGUGUCUGUAAUCCUGGGCUCAUCCUCAGUGGAGACAAAUGUGUCCCGCUCAGUGAGUGUGGAUGCACUGAUGAAGGUGGAAAUUACAGGCCGACAGGAGACACUUGGUUCUCAGAGAAGGACUGUUCAGAGCGCUGUAAGUGUAACGGCAACCAUAACAUCACCUGCGAGCCAUGGCAGUGCAGCCCUACACAGGAGUGUAAGGUGGUGGAGGGAGUACUAGGCUGUUACUCUAGAGGAAAUGGAAUCUGCUCAGUAUCUGGUGAUCCUCACUACAACACCUUUGACAAAGUAACCCACCACUACAUGGGGUCUUGCUCCUACACCUUGACCAAACCCUGCAACGUCUCCACCGACUUGCCGUACUUCACCGUGGACACCCAGAACGAGCACAGAGGAAGUAACAAGAGGGUUUCCUACGUCAGAGCUGUAGUGAUCAAUGUGAGCGGUGUGACUGUCAUCCUUGGCAAGGGACGCAAAGUCCAGGUCAAUGGGACAGCAGUCGUCCCACCUUUGAAUCCUGCCAAAGGAGUCAAGAUCUACUUAAGUGGAAAGUUUGUCGUCCUGGAGACAGACUUUGGCCUGAGGGUGCGUUUCGAUGGUAACCACCAUGCUGACGUCACCUUGCCGACCUCCUACAGUGGCCUGCUCUGUGGCAUGUGUGGAAAUUUCAAUAACAAUCCAAGAGACGACAACCUGAAACCAGACCAAACACCAGCCGCUAACACCAAUGAGUUGGGAGACAGCUGGCAGGUUCCUGACCCGCGGCCUGACUGCACCAACGGUGGAGGACAUGAAGAGUGUGACAAGAAUGUGGAGGAGGAGGCCCAGAAACCAACCAGCUGUGGCAUGAUCACCGAUCCUAACGGUAUCUUCAAGCCUUGCCACUCUGUCGUGCCCCCGAACCAAUACUUUGAAAACUGUGUGUACGACAUGUGUGCAACUGGAGGUCAGACUGUGGCUCUGUGCCAGGCCAUAGAGAGCUACGCUGAUUUGUGUGCUGCAGCAGGAGUCCCCAUCGCAUGGAGGAAAAACAACACCUUCUGUCCUAUCAAGUGUCCCUCAGGCAGUCAGUACAAUCCAUGUACCUCUGCGUGUCCUCAGCCCAGUUGCCAGGACCCUGCAGGCUCCGGUGGCUCCUGUAAUCAGCCCUGUGUGGAGGGAUGUGUCUGUAAUCCUGGGCUCAUCCUCAGUGGAGACAAAUGUGUCCCGCUCAGUGAGUGUGGAUGCACUGAUGAAGGUGGAGAUUACAGGCCGACAGGAGACACUUGGUUCUCAGAGAAGGACUGUUCAGAGCGCUGUAAGUGUAACGGCAACCACAACAUCACCUGCGAGCCAUGGCAGUGCAGCCCUGCACAGGAGUGUAAGGUGGUGGAGGGAGUACUAGGCUGUCACUCUACAGGUAAAGGAGUGUGUCAUGUGGCUGGAGAUCCUCACUACUACACCUUUGAUGGCGUGAUGCACACAUUCAUGGGCACCUGCACCUACACUCUGGUGGAGGUAUGCAACAACACCAGGGUCACUCCAUUUAAGAUCGUGGCCAAAAACGAGGAGCGCGGUCAGCCCGAAGCCUCCUACGUUCGCUCCGUCAAAGUCUUCCUGCCCAAUGAUAUUGUGGUUGAGCUACAGAAGAGUCGCAGAGUUUUGCUGAAUGGACGACGGGUGCGAACCCCACUGACCACUGAUGUAGCCAAGGUGAUUACAAGUGGAUCCUACAGUCUGCUGGACACCAACUUUGGUCUACAGGUGAAGUUUGACGGAGUCCAUCACCUGCAGAUAACUGUCCCUGGAGAAUACUUCAACAAGCUUUGUGGCAUGUGUGGAAACUACAACCAUGAUAGCACUGAUGACAACCUAAUGCCCAACAAGAAACCUGCCAAGGAUGUGAUUGAACUGGGCAACAGCUGGAAAUCAGAGGGAGACAGUGAUCCUGGCUGUCAGCCAGACACUCGUCCAGACAUCCACCCCAACUGCACUGCAGAGGAGGAGAAGCUCUUUGAGGCUCAGUGUGCUGCCAGCAUCCUGUCAGACCGCUUCAAGCCAUGCCACUCUAAAGUGCCCCCUGAAGCUUUUCUGGGUAACUGCAUCUACGACAUGUGCGAGUACAAUGGCAUGCAGACGACACUGUGCGACAACGUGGAGGCGUAUGCUCAGGCCUGUCAGAGCGCCGGAGUCACCAUCAGCUGGAGGAACUCCACCUUCUGUCCACUGCCCUGCGCCACCAACAGCCACUACUCUGACUGCACCCCGCCAUGCCCCCCAACCUGCUCCGACCUCUUCCCCACCACCUGCCACCUCCCACCAACCACCUGUGUGGCGGGCUGCCAGUGCGACGCUGGCUUUGUGCUCAGUGACAACAACUGUGUUGCCCUGGAUAGAUGUGGCUGUCUGGACUCAGAUGGAGAGUAUCAUGAUGUAGGGGACUCGUGGCUGACAGGAAAAUGUGCUGACUCAUGCACCUGUAAACCUGGAGGCAAGAUCACAUGUGUGGACCACACCUGUAAUUCAAACUCAAUUUGCGCUCUGGACAAAGAUGGAGAUCUCUACUGCAAACCCACAAAGUUUGACAGGUGCACUAUCUCAGGGGAUCCUCACUACCGAACAUUUGAUGCCUUCAGCCAUCACUUCCAGGGACCGUACACCUACAUCCUGGCUCAGGGACACAACCUCUUGUCCAAUCAGCCGAACCUGGUGAUCAGAGGAAAGAACAUCAGGCGAGGAGGGAACAGGAGGGUGUCAUUCCUGGAUCAGAUGUACACUGAUGUGUAUGGUGUCAAUGUCCGUUUCCUGCAGAGGAAGACUGCCUUGGUAAAUGGGGAGCGUGUUGCGCCGCCUCUUAGUCCAGUCGAUGGUUUGACCAUUACCAUGAACUCCAACUAUGUGCAACUCACCACUGAUUUUGGACUCACGGUUCGCUUUGAUGGCAAUAGUCGCGGAGAAAUCAUACUGCCCAGCACCUACAGGCACUCUGUCAGAGGGCUGUGUGGAAACUAUGAUGGCCUCACCAGAAAUGAGUAUAUGAAGCCAGAUGGGAAAUUGGUCAGGAGCCUGAACGAAUUUGGAGAAAGCUGGAGGGUCAAUGACCGACAGAGUGACGGCUUAAAGAUCUACGAUCUGCCAUUGUCAGUCCAUGCCCAUAGGCGAGAUGUGGAGACUGAUCCAGACUCAGGGUUUGAGACAUCAGACUGUUCUCAGUCUCAGCUCAAUGAUUACAACAGUGUGGCUCAGUGUGGAGCCCUAUCCAAUCCCGAGGGCCUGUUCACCGCCUGCCACACUGUCCUGCCACCCAAAACCUACCAGGAUGACUGUGUGUAUGACCUGUGUGCCGACGAAGGCAGCACAGAACUGCGUUGUGCCAGUUAUGAAGCAUAUGCUGCAGCCUGUCAGGAAGCUGGAGUCAAACUGGGAUCCUGGAGGCAGCAGCUGGACUGUAACCUGUCUUGUGGUGCCAACAGCACCUACUCCACCUGUAUGUCACCUUGCCCCGCCUCCUGUGCCAACCUGGCAGCGCCCUCUGAGUGUGAAGUCACCACCUGUAUAGAGGGUUGCCAGUGUGCUCCCAGCUUUGUCAUGAGUGAGAGAGUCUGCGUACCAUACUCACAGUGCGGCUGCACCUUCCUCAACAGAUAUUACCCUCUGGGGGAGAGGUUUGUGACGGAGGACUGUUCCCAGACCUGUGAAUGCACCACCACUGGCACCGUGUGCCAACCCAAGACCUGCCAGGGUGGUGAAGUGUGCACCAUCUCUGACUUCAAACGGGGCUGUUUCAGAGCGAGUCCCUGCCUCAAUAACCCAUGUCUGAACGAAGGGACAUGUUUAGAAGGCAGCAACAACACAUACAGCUGUCGGUGUGCAGAAGGCUAUGAGGGAACCCACUGUGAGACAGUGGAUCCCUGCCUCAGUAACCCGUGUCAGAAUGGAGGAACAUGUGUGAAGGGCAGCAACAGCACAUACAGCUGUCGGUGUGCAGAAGGCUUCGAGGGAACCAACUGUGAGACAGUGAAUCCCUGCCUCAGUAACCCGUGUCAGAAUGGAGGAACAUGUGUGAAGGGCAGCAACAGCACAUACAGCUGUCGGUGUGCAGAAGGCUUCGAGGGAACCAACUGUGAGACAGAGAAUGCGAGUCCCUGCCUCAGUGACCCGUGUCAGAACGGAGGAACAUGUGUAGAAGUCGGUGACAGCACAUACAGCUGUCAGUGUGCGGAAGGCUUCGAGGGAACCCACUGUGAGACAGAGAAGACUACGGAUGACGGAGGACUGGAAACCAAAUGGAUCAUCGUCAUCGCAGUUCUGGUCCCACUCGCAGUCAUCCUCAUCAUCAUCAUCACUAUUGCAUGUGUUUGUAAAUGCAAGGCCAAGUGAGUUUCAUCUGCAUCUGUGGAGCAAGAGUUCCCUUUACUGUGUGUCCACGCGUGUACAAUCCAGCUGUCCAUCUUUAUUUACAUCAGCGCUACAUGCUAUGCUACGCUAUGCUAUGCUAUGCUAUGCAUUUCAAUACAUGCAGUUUAAUCAUAUGUUUCUGAGGAUAGGGUGGUGUGUAUUCUUAAUUGUUUUGGCGGCAGACCUGGUGAAGAAAAUACAUUUCAUUUUCAUUCCAGGUCACAGAUUUAUGUAAUUCAGACGCGGCAGUCGAAUCAACAACAUAAAGAAAAAAAUAAGUCUGCAGAGAGAGAAUUCAUCAUGAAUUCAAAUGUUCCGUACAACAUGCAAUCAAAUGACCAAGACAAUGUCAGAAUGAGUAAUAUGUGAUGAAGAAAUGAACAAAAAACAACUGCUUGGCCUGUUUGGUGUUUACCUGAAUGUCCUCACCUGCUACUGAAGUGAACAUGCAGUCUCCUCUGAUACUCGUUCAGCAGGUCUCCAAAGAAAACCAAACAUUUGAAGAAGAAGGAGUUGUUGUUGUUUUCUUCCAUGUGUUACUUUUUCAUAAUUUGCGCUUUUGACAAUGUAAUUUUACUCCGAUGUGUACGAUAAAUUAACAGAGAAAGUGUGUCUAACCCUAACCCAUAUAAUAAUGUAAUAUGAUUUAAAGUAUUUUUGGAAUUAAAUGUUUUGGGGGAACUGA